GCAGCCUCGUACCGAGAACGUUGUUCGGGGCCACAGGCGGGAAGCACCGAUCUGCUCUUUUGACGCGUUCCCUCCGGACAGAGCCUGUCCGGUUCCAACUCUCGGCGGCGGUCCGGGCCCCGCCGGUGCCCGGUGCCUGCUCCGCGCGGCCUUGGCGCGUCACGCAGCUGCCAGGACCUCCCGCGUAUCCCAUAAGCCGCCGCGCGUGGGGCUCCUCCCUCUCUCGGCGGGGUCCGCGGCGGACGCGCCAUCGGCACCGCCACCAUGCCUGCCCUCAGGCCUCUCGUGAAACCCAAGAUCGUCAAGAAGAGGACCAAGAAGUUCAUCCGGCACCAGUCCGAUCGCUAUGUCAAGAUCAAGCGCAACUGGCGCAAACCGAGGGGCAUCGACAACAGAGUGCGCCGGCGCUUCAAGGGGCAGAUCCUGAUGCCCAACAUUGGCUAUGGCAGCAAUAAGAAGACGAAGCACAUGCUGCCUACAGGCUUCAGAAAGUUCCUGGUCCACAAUGUCAAAGAGCUGGAAGUGCUGAUGAUGAGCAACAAGUCAUACUGUGCAGAGAUAGCCCACAACGUGUCCUCCAAGAACAGGAAGGUGAUUGUGGAGAGAGCAGCACAGCUCGCCAUCAAGAUCACCAACCCCAACGCCAGACUGCGCAGCGAGGAGAACGAGUAACCAGGCUCUGCAGCCCAGGUGUAUUUAAUAAAGUGUCAGUCCAACUC